UCCACUCCUCCCUCAGCUCAUGUGCAGGCUCCGGAUAUAAACACUCGGCUCAUGUGUCCCCAGCGCUGCUCUGCUCACUCUCUCCGCGCUCCAGGCUCCACGCAGCAGCAGCAGCGGCGCACCGUGCUCUCCGCGUCCGAACAACAGCUCCUGCAGGCGAACACCAGCGCUGGCACACACCCCAGGAUGGAGAAAGAAUCUCCAUCCAAACCAUCUGUGGCUGAACUGGCUGGGAGAUUCAAAGGACAUAUUCUACCCAUGCCCACUUCAAAUGACGAGCCACCAAGAAGAAGACGACCUCCCUGCUCUCUGAAGCUACAAAACCAAAAAGACAAUAAUGAAGAUUCUCCAAAGCCCAUCUCCCCUUCCAACCCUGUGAAAGUUAGAACACGGAACUCUGCACUUAUUGAGAAAUUACAGGCCAACUUAGCUCUGUCACCCACUGCUCUGCUGCCUUCACCCAAGAGUCCAGACGUGAAGCUGCAGCCGCCGCCCCUGUCCCCGCCCACCUCGCACAGCCCGCCGACCCCCCUCAGCCCCGGCCUGAGACCCCCACAGCCGCCCGGAGAGGAGGAGGAGCCCGUGUGCUUCGAGACGCCAGCAGAGGGGAACACUCUGCCCAGCUUCAACAAGUCCCGUCCACGCCUGUCAUUCAAACGCCGCCCUCCCACCCGGCAGCACCGCAGAUCAACCGGAGAAGAGCCCACGUCCCCCGGGAGCUCCACGUCCCCGUGUGAACAGUCCCAACCCAACGAGAAUGGCCUGGGCGAGCAGGUUCCCCACAGCCCCGCAGAGGAGGCCGCCGGCGGGUCGGGCGAGAAGGAGGAGGAGGUGGUGGAGGAGAAGCACGAGGGAGAUGGAGACAGAGACUGCAGCACGAUAGCCGAGGAGGAGGGGAAAAGGGAUCGUCCAGAAGAGAAAGCAGAGUCGGAGGAGAAGACAGGAGAGGAGGAGAGAGGAGAGGAGGAGUGCAAAAUGGCAGAGGGACAGGAAGAGGAACAGCAGAAGCCCCCCUCGGAGCCCUGUGAUGAUAAGACCGAGGGGAGCGAGGAGAAGAUGGAGGAGGAAGCGGAAAAGGACGCAAAUGAAGGAAUGUGAACUGUGAAAAUGCUUUGUUUUUCAAUGCUUUUAUUGACUCACAGCACACCAUAUCAGCUGCGUACAUUUCGUCAAGUCAGAUAAGCAGGUAGUCAUAGGUUUCAGUGGUCAGAUCACAAUUUGAACGGACGCAAUCGACAAAUCGCAACGGCUGCAAUUUUUUAAGUACUACAAAUAUUCAGCCAGUUACAGUACAACAACCAGUAUUUUUGUUCUGGAGAAACAUCUUACCUGUCUUAUCACCUGUUUCUCUCAUUGGAGAUGUUGCCUGGAAUGUUACACUGUGUGGCAUUACGCUUAUUUAUCUCUACGGAGACAGCAGGAGAUUCCAUAGGGCCAAGUUACUGUAUGUGUCAGAUCUGUGGAGAGGCGAGCCCACUCACAGUAAGAAUGUUUUUAGGUCAAUGAAAACCCAUGUUGCUGAGUAAAUGCAAGAUGGAUGCAUACAUUUAAUGCCACAACGGGACAUUCCAGAGCAAGCAACAGUAUCUCCAUGGAGACAAGCACAUGGUGAACCCUCCACUAGAAAAGUUACACAAUGCACCUUUAAGUUAGAGAUGCACAGAACCAGAUAUUUAAUAACAAUAUUGAUUAGAGAAGGUCCGAGUUGUGUGGGUUUUUUUUGAGCUGAUAUCUGAUAUUUAUAGCUGAUUUUUCAUAGCAAAGCCCAGAGUACAGUAAAGUUCACAAGUUAACUUUUCACUUUUGUAAAAAUAAUAAAAGCGCGUUGGAGGAGAGGAAGCAGCCCAAGAACUUAGAGAAAGAUCCCGCACACCGUCUUACUUGUAAAUUGUGUGAUUUAUUAGGACAAACCGUGCAACGUUUCGGCACUAGGGCUUCAUCAGGUAAAAAUAAUAACAAAAUGUAUUUAUGUGGGAUCAAAAAUACAUAUUUAGUGAAAUGAAGCUCACCGAGGCUGCAGUUUCAGAGCGAAUUUAGACCCAAGUUCCAUAUUAGAACUGAUAGAAUUGAUUUACAGACAAAACAGUAAAAUAAAAACACCAUGAUCAUGUAAAGCGGGUUAAUAUAAACAUUUUAAGACCAAAAUGAAGAGCCUGACAGCAGCAGUUAGAAAGAGAGGGGAGAUGAUUUUUCAAUACAUAGCGAAAUGAAACCAGAGUCAAUGGAGCCAGAAGCGUGCCCAUGCUCACUUCCUCUAUGAUACAGCCAGAUUUUUUGCCUAAUUGUUCCUCUGUUUCAAUUUGUACACAUUAGUCUGUUCAAAAAGUCAAAUCCGUCACAUAAGAACAAAUACCAGUGCCAAAAAUCUGCAAAAAUUUCAAUAUCGGAUUAAUAUCGAUUACCACAAUUACUGUUAUAAAAGCCUAAACAUCUCUCAUCCCUAAUUAAUAAUGCGGAUAUUCUGCAUUUCUGUCAGUACCACGUGCCAGGAUGGACUUUUUCCACAUCCUACCAAAUAUGCUUUAUCUAUGACAAUAAUCUGAUUUAUUUUGAACUUGGUGCAAGAAUUUUUUUAAGCAUUUUUCAGAUUUUUUAAGUAGGCAAGGCAAGGCAAGGCAAGGCAAGGCAAGUAUCAGUAUAUUUUAUCAGUGCAUCUCUACUUUUAUCCAAACAAACCAUCGGCUCAGAAUGUUGCUAUGUACACAGCCAAAUGUAACUUCAAAUGUUUUUAAGACAGCUUUUUAUUGAUGCAGUUUUGGUUUUCUGUAUAUCUAUGUACUUCUCUAUGUCUCCCUUUUAAGAACAGGUCAAAAACACUGGCAGUUUCCAACCUCACUGCUGCUCCUUCCGUAUCAGUCUACAUCGUACGUUUCUUUAUAUGAACAAAUUAUUUUAUACUCAUUGUCAAGAGUACAUGUCCUUCACUAGUUCAUAUUAGCAGCUAUUUAUUUUUGGUUGUAUUUCUGUUGCUCUAGGCCAUGUGAACCUUGCAUUCCUAGCUUACUGGAGAUUUGCUUUUACUGUAUUUUGUGUACUCAAAAAGUAUCUAUACCUCUGCACUGUGGAGCGGCUCAGGUCCUCGAAAUUAUGCAAAUGAUUAAAGUUGUAAAUAAGACAAA